AGAGCUGCUCCAAAACCUGGAGGUGCCGUGUGGAGCGCCCUGAGUGAGACCCGAGGGAAGAGAGCUGCGUUCUGCUGGGAGCGGCUGCUCGCUGUUUGGGUUAUAAAAGCUCCGUAUGCCUCUCAGAAAAACAUCUGAAAACUGGCAGAUUGGCAUCCCUGUUUUUGCACGACACCUGCCUGUGAUUUUAACACUUUCCUUCCUGGCACACUCCAGUUAAGCCUUUGCAAAGAUUUCUCAGACUGUGUCCUUCCUCAGUGGGCAGGUGCCAUCCAAACCAGUUCAAUGCAGGCUCUGGGAUUUUUUCAGUACACUCACGGAGUAUACGUGCUCUAAAUGCCUACAAUACAGAGGAAUCCAGCUACUUCUAAUGGGAUGCAUUUGCAGAGAGGAAUUCCUCAUUUAAGAUGGGUAAUAAGCAAACGAUAUUUACUGAUGAACAGCUAGAUGCCUAUCAGGAUUGCACGUUCUUCACUCGGAAGGAAAUCCUUCGGUUGCACGGCCGAUACCAUGAAAUGGCACCAAACGUUGUGCCCAUGGACUAUACAAAGGACCCAGAUGUUAAACUACCUAUGCAGCUUAUAAUAAACAUGCCUGAGCUGAAGGAGAACCCCUUCAAAGAAAGGAUUGUGGAGUCUUUCUCAGAAGAUGGAGAGGGAAGCCUGAGCUUCAAUGACUUUGUGGAUAUGUUCUCCGUGCUCAGUGAAAUGGCUCCCCGAGAGCUUAAAGCAAUCUAUGCCUUUAAGAUUUAUGAUUUUAACACAGAUAACUUCAUUUGUAAAGCAGACUUGGAAAAAACCCUCAAUAAGCUGACCCGGGAAGAGCUGACAGCAGAGGAAAUCACUCUGGUUUGUGAGAAGGUGAUAGAAGAAGCUGACAUGGAUGGUGAUGGGAAAUUAGGAUUUGCAGAUUUUGAAAACAUGAUUUCCAAGGCACCAGACUUUCUCAGGUAUUAUUUUAAGAAAAAGAAAGUCUCUUGCAUACUUGCAAAUAUUGUCUUAGGAUAUCACUGUGCAGUCUAAUACAAGAAGUGUCAGACGUAAGUAUUUUACUAGAGAACUGUCUAGGGGAUGGCUUCUUACCUAACUCAGUUUACUUUUCCAGUUCUCUCCUAAUUUAAGACUAAGAGCUCAAUGACCUUUCAUUAUCACCUUUCCUGCUCCUCCACCUGUCUUGGUGCAGUUCAGGAAAAUAUUUUCAUCCAUUAUGAGCUCAAAUUCAGCCUGUAGCAAGGAUUAAGCCUAUAGCAAGGAUCCUAG